AUUACAAAGUGCAAGUGGGAUGAGAUGGGAUUUCUACAGUGACAUCACUAACUUGAUUUAGGAGAAUCAGAGCUAGCUGAUUACCUGAAUGGGUUUAGAGACAUUGCCCUAUUCUUUCCAAUGUUAUUUCGUUUCCAACUUUCCUAGCUACCUAGGUACACCAGUAGGUACCGAUCUUAAACCCGACAUCUUCAAUGUUGAGCCUUCUCCAACCAUUUCAACUUUGAAGCACCCAGACCAUAGGUGUCAGUUGGCUGCUGUUGUUCCAGCUCCGAGUCACGACAACCCCCGAUAUGAGACCUGACAGGUGAAAUAGAUAAUCUCCGAAAAUAAUCACUUCCCGCACAUACUCCUAGAUAUCCUCAACAUAACCAGACACUCUCGCCAUGUCUUCCGAAGAAACAAAUCCGCUCGCCGAGUCCGGCGUCACGAUGCACUCGGAUAGCGAGCAAUAUUCGGCCGGCGAAGACAUAUCAACCUCGCCACCUUCGUCGUCCUCGCCGCCUAUGGUCCUAUACAAACCUCCGACCGUCUGGUCUAUGCUCCGAGGUGCGGCCAUUAACCUGCUGCUGCCAUUUAUCAACGGCAUGAUGCUGGGAUUUGGAGAGCUGUUCGCGCACGAAGCCGCCUUUAGGUUGGGGUGGGGAGGUACAAGAGUCUUCCCUCUGUCCCGACAACGAGUGCACCCCAUCGGCCCGGGCAUCGAGAUUCGCGAUCGACCAAAACCGCGACCGGACCUACGAGAUCUUGCGAGCUUGGAGUAACUGCUGUCCGGAUAGCUGCAAUACUUGUACAUUUACCGUAGGGCUGGAAAUGGCAGGCAUAUCUCAUAGACAUACGUACCUAGGUACACUAUACACUACAUGUAUCUGACACGCUGAAUACCUAUCAAACUAGACGGGCGGGAGAGAGGAAGGAAAAAUCAAAAAGGCCAAGAGAUGGACAUUGGACGUUGGAUGUUGGGUAUUGUUUGUGUAUAAAGGUUCUUUCGACGAAGGAAACCCAGUCUUAAGAUAAUUACAGUAAAAUGUACAUGAAUUCCUCGGGGCCAUCUUAAAUUUCAAGGGUCUCUUUGCUUUAAGUGCGUGCAUACAUACAUGCAUGCCCACAUCUUAUUGUCCUGCUCUCAGGAUGUGUCUGCCUAUCCACUUACCAUGAGGCUCGUCGGAUUAUAAUUCGAGUUGAAUAUUUGAUAUGUACGGGUACAGUUCUUGGAGUGUGUUAUACCAGGUAUCUAUG